AUGGUAAAAGGUGGCUCGUCUGGAAUCGGCAGGGCUACGACGCAGCUAUGCCUCGACUUGGGUGCAAAGGUUGUUGUAGGAGAUCUAAAUCCUCCGCAGCCCGCCUUCGAGGAGAAUGACAGGCUGAAAUUUUUGGAAGUCAACGUGACAGAGUGGGAAAGCCUUCGUAACAUGUUUAUCCAAGCUAACAACUGGUUUGGUCGCAUCGACCACGUCUUUGCCAAUGCCGGCGUUAGCCCAACUACUGACUUCCUUGGUGUCACACUCGAUGAGAACAACCAGUUAAAAGCACCGAAUCUUAGAACAAUCAAUGUCAAUCUGCUGGGCCCGCUUUACACUGUUAAUCUCGCAGCUGCCUACAUGACCAAGCUCGCCAGCAAGCGCCCGAUCCAGGGAAUGGGAAGUAUUGUGCUCUCAGCCUCCGCUUCAUCAUUCCAGGAUUUCAGCGCCGGAGACUAUACAGUUGCGAAGCAUGCCGUAUUGGGAAUCAUACGUGGUCUCGGUAUUCAAAUGGAAGGCAAUAUUCGACUUAAUGCAGUUGCACCAUCGUGGACGGCAACUGCCAUUGUUCCCUUUGACUUUAUCGAGUCCAUCGGUGUCAAGGUGCAGUCCGCUGAGGCUGUCGCUCGAAGCGUGGUGCUGCUGUUUGCUGACAAGCAACGACAUGGAGAGGUUAUCUAUAGCUGGGACGGUCUAUACCGAGAGGUGAAUAAGGCUGAUGGCGGGCUUCUCUCAAUGGCAGAGAAACUUCUUGAUAAUUCCCAUAACGAAGAAAGUGUGAUGAGGAAGCUGAGAGAGCAAGCAAUAUUACUUGAGACGGGCAAGACUUGA